ACACAGCCAGUAUCUGUGUUUUGCAGAUCCAAAAAACAACAGUUAUCUGCAUAAGCCCUGAUCUUUGCACGUCUGUAAUCCUUGGAGAUCAGGAGAUCUGUUUCAUUAACAUCAUGCCAGAGCCAGAGAGAAAAUCAAAGAUCUCCGCUUCACGCAAACUCUUGUUAAAGAGUUUAAUGCUGGCCAAGGCAAAAGAAGCAUGGGAUCAAGAACAUGUGAAUACACAGGAAGAAAAACAGAAAUACCUAAGUGAGCGAGUGCCACAUUGCAACACACAAGGUUUGGGGCGUGAGGCAUUACAGGAGUUGUGUCGAGAGCUCCAUGAAAAGGUUGGAAUUGUUGAUGAGGAAAGAUAUGAUAUUGAAGCAAAAGUUCUUCACAAUACAAGAGAGAUUCAAGAUCUGAAGAUGAAAGUGCUAGAUUUGCGUGGUAAAUUUAAAAGACCAGCAUUACGUAGAGUGAGAGUAUCAGCUGACGCUAUGCUCCGUGCACUACUUGGCUCAAAACACAAGGUCUCUAUGGAUCUGCGCGCUAACUUAAAGUCUGUAAAGAAGGAGGACACCGAGAAGGAGCGUCCAGUUGAAGUCAGUGAUUGGCGCAAGAAUGUCGAAGCCAUGUCUGGUAUGGAGGGCAGGAAAAAGAUGUUUGAUGCAGCAAAAUCACCUACUGGACAAUAAAUAGUGCCCCAUGGAUCUUCACUUGCCUCACUUCUUUCCACUGCUGCUUUUUGUCUACUUGCAAUUUGUCCUUGAAAAGCAAAGCCUCGCACUGUCCUAUAACUGAUAGGAAUUACUGUACUUUACUGUCAGUUCACCACCUGAACGCUAUUUCACACUUUUUAAAUGUAAUCUAUAUAUAUCAUGUUGAUCUAUAAUAAAGGUUGUAACUCAG